AUGAAACAAGAAAAUACCAAAAGUACUGCAACACCGCAAUCUUCUACCAAAAAGGACGGCAUACUAUCAGCUAAACAGGGAAAAGACUCAGGAAAUACCGGAAGCUCGACUUCAACAACUACAAAGAACGUACCAAGCUCAACACCUGCAAUAAACAUAUUCUCAAAUGAUGGAAGUUUCCUCGAACGCUUCAAAAGAAUGAAAGCUGAGGAAGACGAAAAGAAGAAACAGCUCGAGGCUUUGGAUAGAAAGAAAGCCUUUGAAGACCGAAUUAAAAACCGCGGAAAGCGCAAACUUUCAGCUACAGAAUCUCCCGGAUUAGAUGUUAGCACAGACGGUGUCUCCGAAGCCAAACGACCACACCUUGAGAAAUCAACUGCAACUGAGACGUUGGAUCCGAACGCUAACGCUUACUUGAAGGAGAUGCAGAAAUACAACGAAAGAUUGUGUAAGGACGAUUCGGGCCAUGUUCGGCCACUGGUGAAAUAA